AUGUCUUACAAACCCGAUAUGGCUGAGAUUGAGAAAUUCUGUAAGUUGACGUUGAAUGAAGCAGAAAUGCAAGAGAAAAAUCCACUGUCUUCAAAAGAAAUGAUUGAAGAGGAGUAG